GCCAUGGAGGAUGAUGACGGGACUUGUCUCCUCGAUGUUUUAUGUGACCCCCAAGCCUUGAAUGACUUCCUUCACGGGACCACUGAGCUGCAGACUAAAGACCUGCUCAUUAGUGCCUCGUCUGGGGAGCCCUGCAUCUUCACAGAUGCCCCGAGCCCCGUCCUGCUGUUGGGAGAUGGCGGAGACUCCCCGGGGACGCCAGCGUCCGGAUGUGUGGAUCUGUCCUUCCUGGAGGAGGCCCUCCUCUCGUCACCAGAGGGGGGAGACGACUGCCUACACCAGGAGGGCGGAUCUCCCUUUGGGUCCGGAUGCGAGUCAAAGGAGGGCGAGGAGGAGGUGGCAGCACCCCAGGAGGAGGACGAGGAGGUGGUGUGUUGCGACAUCCUUCAGCAGAGCCUGCAGGAGGCAGACAUCACAGAACAGACUGUGGCCCUGGAGGGCAGCCUGACCCAAGACGGUGGGCCCCUUUACUCGCCGCCCACUGUGCCGUUUGUAGCCAAGACUAUGCCCAGCGCCCCUGCCUUGCCCAGAGACACUCAGGCAGCAGUAGAGCCCCCCCAACCCUCCUUGCUUGCCGUCGGGCCAGGCUGCCCCUCUCUGAAACCUGCCGCCCCACCUCAGCUGAUGGGGCUCCUGCCGGGAAACAUUUUCCCUGCCCCGUCACCAGAGACCACCUUCUCUCUGAGCCCGGUUCAGGGGUCUGGUAUAAUCAUCCAUAAAGCCAUUCCCAGCGUGACAUGCCGCCCUCUCCUCACCCCCACCCUGAGAGCGGCGGCAGCCCACGGUAUCGUCCUGCAGCGUGCCCCCCUCUCCAUCCAACCCAAGCUGCCAAUCAGCAUUCAGCCAAGAUUAGUCCAAAUCAGCCCAAAGCCGUCGGGGCAAAAACCCACUCCCGGUCUCACGCUAGUUCCGGGGACUGUCUCGCCAAAUAUUCUACUGUCCCAGCCUUCUGGCCAGAAACCCGCAGUGGCGCCCCCAGGACCUCCCCAGCAGCUCCCCAAACCAGUCAGCCUGCAGCUAGUCAACCAGGGUGGCUCCUUUGUGCUUCAGCCUCAGGGACUCUUUCAAGGCCAAAAUCAAUUCCUUCUCCCAGGUCAGUCCCAAGUAACCAUCUCCCAGCCUGGGGUUCGACCUCUGCUGACAGCUGGUCCACAAGGCCAAGGCGGCACUCCCUUCAGUGGGCAUCUUGUGGAUGGGUCCCAGAUUCUAACAGUACCCCAAAGACAGCUCAACUUCAGCCCCGUUUUCACCACCACAGGACAACUCACUCUCGGCCAGGCCACCGUCCUCUCGGGACCUCUCCAGCUGCAGUCAGCACCCCCUACGGUCUUCCAGAUGGCUGGGAGCUACACGACCGGCGGGCAGGGGGCCACUCUGGUACACGGCUCUGCUCUGGGCAACCACAUUACUUUAAUCAACAGUUCUGGGAUGUUACAAUCGGAUCUGCCCUCCAUCUCCAUCGUCAAUACUCCGUCGGUGGUGCAGGGCCUGCCUUAUGCGGCUCAGCCAGGUCAGGCGGCAUUGACAGACGCCCCACCGGCCCUCCAACAGGCCUCUGUGGUGCUGGUUCCUGAGAGAGGAGUGCCUGAGGAGAGGAGCGCCUCAGAGGAAAACUUUCUUCAACUGCCACAGCAUCCAGUUUUGGUGAAGCACACAACCCCCCCGUCGCCUCACGUGGUGACCAUCCUUGAGCCCCAGACGAAUCCGGUUCUGGUCCCUGCAAUGGAGAUGCCCUCAGACGAUGUGACCCAAGUUGUGGAGGAGGUGGCAAAGUCUCUGAGCCAGAACCAAGACUUUAUGCAACAACUGCAGCAGCAAGCACUUAGCUCUCCCGCUACGUCUGACAUACUUGUUGGCGCGGUACCCGAGGUUCCAGUGGAGUCCCUCACCCCCCCAGCGGACAGUGAGCAAGACGGCCAGCAAGCGACUGCGAUGUUAGAUCCACGCGUUGACUCAUCGCCACUCUCGCCAGAAGCCGCGUCGCUGCUGGCAUCCUUUCAGUCAGCAGCCGUAGUCCCCAGCCAGGACCCCGUUACCAGACCGGAGAGUCCGCCCCCCCAGUACCAGGACUCUCAGUUCCUCAACAGUCAAAGGACGCUGGCCUCUCCCCAGGCCUCAGCUUCCCAUCCAGGGCCUGACUUCUCCGUCCCACAGUCAUCAGAGCCCCCUGUCCCCUCCAGAGGCCCCUCCCCCCUGCAGGUCAGCAUCCCAGUGCCUCAGCAGCAGCAGCCGGAACCUUCAGCCGCCAGCCUCUGCGGAGGGGGGUACCACCCCCUUGCCCAACAGCACACACUUGACACUGGCAGGUGUGGGGGUGUGGCCAGAAGAACCAGCAACACCAGCAGUGGGGGUGUGGCCAGAAGAACCAGCAACACCAGCAGUGGGGGUGUGGCCAGAAGAACCAGCAACACCAGCAGUGGGGGUGUGGCCAGAAGAACCAGCAACACCAGCAGUGGGGGUGUGGCCAGAAGAACCAGCAACACCAGCAGUGGGGGUGUGGCCAGAAGAACCAGCAACACCAGCAGUGGGGGUGUGGCCAGAAGAACCAGCAACACCAGCAGUGCGACGACACAGAUCUCCAAGUUCCAGCAGCUUCUUUGCACGGACCACAUGGCGGUUCAAAACCCCCGCAUCAGCACCGCCUUUUCCACGCUGAGAGACGCCGCCCGGCGCCUGCUGCCCUACCACGUCUGCGGCGGACUCCUGCCCGGGCAGGAGGACUUCACCCUAGUGGAUCAGGAGUUUGACACGGUGUCGGGGUUCCUGCUGAAGCGCACCAAGGACAUGGUGAACAAAUACCGGCAGCUGCUGGUCAAAGAAACCCAGCAGGAGAGUCCGUCGGCUGAAAUGGUGAUGCUGGAGCGCCUCUUCCUGCAGGCUGAGCGAUUCUCUUUGGGAGAGGACAGACGGCGAGCUCGCAAAGACCCAGAGUCCUUCAUGAUGUCCUUGGCCGCGUCAGCGUCUUCCUCGGGGGCCUCGUCUCCGCCCCCGGCCUGGACCAGACUCUCGGACCGACCGCCGGGUCUUAAAACCUACCGCUCCAGUUCCAGGGGGGCUCUCCGGCUCACUAUAAAGCAGGAGGUUGUGCACAGUUCUUUGAAGCGGGACCACAGGGGCGAGCUGACCAAUGGUGGCGCGGCCAACCCCCCUCAGUCAACCAACGGAUCAUCCGGACAUCUGGGGGGCGAUGAGAACUCCACGCACGCCCGGCUAUCCAACAUGACAGAUCCUCUUCCAAUGCUGCAAGCCGUCCGCUUUGAGCCGCCCCCGAGGGACGCACCCAAGUUGAAAUGCCUCAGGCUGGACGUGCCGCCAGCACCCGGCUCCCUCCAGGAGGACAACGUGCUCAGUGAAAGCCUGCAGAGCGCCAUUAACAGCAUCCUAGAACUACAGCGCCUGCAGGGGCUCGGGCAGCCCCCUCACCAGGGCACCUGCAGGACCCGCACUGGACCAACCCAUCACCAGCAUCUUUGGGGGGUCGACUUUGACUUGGUCUGCCCCCGAAAAAGGUCCACACAGAUCCUGAAACUUCCGCUAAAGCUGGAUCUUGUGGUCUCUGGCGAGAAAGAUUGGGUUUCAAGAUCUGUGUAGCCCUUAGCCUCUCUCUUAACGGGCAGCCCCCUCCCCAGGGGAUCAGCAGGCCCCGCACUGGACCAACCCAUCACCAGCAUCUUUGGGGGUCGCUUUUGACUUGGUCUGCCCCUGAACAAGGUCCACACAGAUCCUGAAACUUCCGCUAAAGCUGGAUCUUGUGGUCUCUGGCGAGAAAGAUUGGGUUUCAAGAGCUGUGUAGCCUUUAGCCUCUCUCUUAACGGGCAGCCCCCUCCCAGGGCAUCCGCAGGCCCCGCACUGGACCAACCCAUCACCAGCAUCUUUGGGGGUCGCCUUUGACUUGGUCUGCCCCUGAACAAGGUCCACACAGAUCCUGAAACUUCCGCUAAAGCUGGAUCUUGUGGUCUGUGGCGAGAAAGAUUGGGUUUCAAGAGCUGUGUAGCCCUUAGCCGCCCCUUCCCCAGGGCAUCAGCAGGCCCCGAACUGGACCAACGCAUCACCGGCAUCUUUGGGGGUCGCCUUUGACUUGGUCUGCCCCUGAACAAGGUCCACACAGAUCCUGAAACUUCCGCUAAAGCUGGAUCUUGUGGUCUCUGGCGAGAAAGAUUGGGUUUCAAGAGCUGUGUAGCCCUUAGCCUCUCUCUUAACGGGCAGCACCCUCCCCAGGGGAUCAGCAGGCUCCGCACUGGACCAACCCAUCACCAGCAUCUUUGGGGGUCGCCUUUGACUUGGUCUGCCCCUGAACAAGGUCCACACAGAUCCUGAAACUUCCGCUAAAGCUGGAUCUUGUGGUCUGUGGCGAGAAAGAUUGGGUUUCAAGAGCUGUGUAGCCCUUAGCCGCCCCUUCCCCAGGGCAUCAGCAGGCCCCGAACUGGACCAACCCAUCACCGGCAUCUUUGGGGGUCGCCUUUGACUUGGUCUGCCCCUUAACAAGGUCCACACAGAUCCUGAAACCUCCGCUAAAGCUGGAUCUUGUGGUCUGUGGCGAGAAAGAUUGGGUUUCAAGAGCUGUGUAGCCCUUAGCCUCUCUCUUAACGGGAAGCCCCCUCCCAGGGCAUCUGCAGGCCCCGCACUGGACCAACCCAUCACCAGCAUCUUUGGGGGUUGCCUUUGACUUGGUCUGCCCCUGAACAAGGUCCACACAGAUCCUGAAACUUCCGCUAAAGCUGGAUCUUGUGGUCUCUGGCGAGAAAGAUUGGGUUUCAAGAGCUGUGUAGCCCUUAGCUUCUCUCUUAACGGGCAGCCCCCUCCCAGGGCAUCAGCAGGCCCCGCACUGGACCAACCCAUCACCAGCAUCUUUGGAGGUCGCCUUUGACUUGGUCUGCCCCUGAACAAGGUCCACACAGAUCCUGAAACUUCCGCUAAAGCUGGAUCUUGUGGUCUGUGGCGAGAAAGAUUGGGUUUCAAGAGCUGUGUAGCCCUUAGCCGCCCCUUCCCCAGGGCAUCAGCAGGCCCCGAACUGGACCAACCCAUCACCAGCAUCUUUGGGGGUCGCCUUUGACUUGGUCUGCCCCUGAACAAGGUCCACACAGAUCCUGAAACUUCCGCUAAAGCUGGAUCUUGUGGUCUCUGGCGAGAAAGAUUGGGUUUCAAGAGCUGUGUAGCCCUUAGCCGCCCCUUCCCCAGGGCAUCAGCAGGCCCCGAACUGGACCAACCCAUCACCAGCAUCUUUGGGGGUCACCUUUGACUUGGUCUGCCCCUGAACAAGGUCCACACAGAUCCUGAAACUUCCGCUAAAGCUGGAUCUUGUGGUCUCUGGCGAGAAAGAUUGGGUUUCAAGAGCUGUGUAGCCCUUAGCCGCCCCUUCCCCAGGGCAUCAGCAGGCCCCGAACUGGACCAACCCAUCACCAGCAUCUUUGGGGGUCACCUUUGACUUGGUCUGCCCCUGAACAAGGUCCACACAGAUCCUGAAACUUCCGCUAAAGCUGGAUCUUGUGGUCUCUGGCGAGAAAGAUUGGGUUUCAAGAGCUGUGUAGCCCUUAGCCUUUCUCUUAACCUUACGGGAGACUGGAAACCCCUUGCUCGACGGGAACAAAGGGCUGAGGGCUAAAAGGAGAACCAAGGGGUACAAUUCCAACCCUUAGUCUUGCUUGAUGAGGAAAUAAGAGACAACAGCACCGUCCGUAGUUCCAUUCAUGUUAGAUACUUCAUUUUGAUGUCCGUUGUGCUAAAAACCGUCUCUAGGAAUAGAAGCUCUAUGGUUUCCAUGCUAGUGACAAGAGUUACAGCCUUCAUAGUCUGUGAGAAUUGGUAAAUAGUUAAAAACAAAAAAAUCAGAUUUCUUUCCCAUAGUGCCAAGCUUCCAGGGUAUUUAUUUUUUGUACGAGUGCCAAUGUUACCGCCUGGCGUCUUUUCAAGUAAACCCCAAAGAACGCCGCCGCAACCCCUUGACCGUACCAGCAACUACCGGCUCGCCUCUCAGAAGUUGCCUGCUGGACUCUUGUGAAAUGUCCCAUGGAGAAAAAACCUGGACAAUGUGGUAUGUUUGAACACGUAAGCAAUAAUGACUGGAGAACCCGGGGGAGGACGGAGGCGGGACUGCAAAGAAGAUGUCGCUUGCCGCUUAAAAGCCCUUCGGAUUCUUUGGUUUUGUCUUUCUGCAGAGACGUAGGACUUAAGGACUUGUGUACUUGGGUGUAGUUUUGGAUGAAUGACCCGCUAGGGACUUGAACUUAGGACCUUUGGAUUUGUGGUUGCUUGCAUCACUUACGUCAGGUGAGAUAUGACUGAAGACUUGGAUCAAACAAAUCCUGGGCCACGGAAAGAUUUUUGAACUUCAGGAGUCCCUUUCGACUUCUGUUAGAUCUGUGUACUAGUUCCACAGAACCAUUCGAUAAGACUUCCGUCACACUUUGACCAAAAGACUGAGCACUUGUACCAAAGGACUUUCGACUCUUCUAGGACUUUAAAAGGAUGCUUAAAUCUAUCAAUGGGAGAUUUCUUCUUGUACUCGGAACCAGCGACUUAGGACUUAUGCAAGACCUGAUGCUCGUGACAUUUUGAACAGUUUUUUCAAGUUCCACAUUUGCUUAGACCGGGUCAUUUGAGAACCAAGCUAGAGACUUGGAUGAAGUGGUCUUUGACAGAGAACUAUUUAGGGCUUGGUUAAGACCAGGAGCAUUUUCUAGACAAACAAACUAUAAUGUAGUGUACAAGAGACUUGGACCAAACAGAAAACUUGUUUAAGACUUUGCAACAAAAUGACUGGUCAUCCCUUAAAUACUUGGACUGAAGGAAUUCCGGUUUAGAUGACACUUCAGGCUGUGUUCACACUCGGCCGAUUCAUCUGGAUUCAGUCCCGAUUUACUUACCGUUCCCACAGGCCCCGUAAACCAAGCACCUGGUCUUUAGUCAUUGUGGACACCAGAGGCUUGAACUAAACCGGACGUGAACACAGCCUUGGCGCUGAUCCAGACCUGGACCCGGUGGACUUCUGAGUGGCGUGAGUCGAGUAUUCCGCCCCACCAAAACAUUUGACCAAAUAUCGGAACAGUUCGUGUCACACACCGAUUUUUAAUUGGCAGGUUUCUCGUUUUUUAAUUUCCGAACUGAAGCCGAAGAUUUUAUCCCCCUUUUUUUGUUAACGUGACAAUCUUGCGAACCCGCGAAGAAGCGGACUCGUUAGGAACUCAAGAGUGACCCAACGGUUUUCUACGACCAAGCGAUCCCCUUUCGGUGCGAGAUCGUCGUUUUCGUCGGAACGAUACGAAUAUGCAGUACUUUUACGAGUGUAAUGUCUCGGUCAUGCAGUAAAGAUGUCGGAGUGAUUUUCACUCCUCGGCGGCUUGAUGAACAAAACUUGGAAGUGGAAACCCGGAGAAGACGAAUGAAGCCGCCGCACGUGCCAUAGUCGACACCGACCGUUAGCGAUUAGCAUGUCCACACCUUUUUUUCCUUUGCACAUGAGCCAUGAAAGCCGGAUGACGGGAUUGUUCUCACGCCAAAAUCUAGAGGCCUUAACCCAGCAGAACUAGAUUGUACACGACCACUAAAAGUCACGUUCGAUGGCAAGCGUCUCGAUUUUGUACCGUCUUUUUUUGGUUUUUCUACAGACUAUUUAUCAAACUGUGAUUUUGUAAGAAAGAAAUAAAACAAACGAUA